AUGGUGUUUUUCAGUUGUGACAAAUGUAGUGAAGCAUUGAAAAAGAAUCAAGUUGAUAAGCAUGGAUUCAAAUGCAGAGAUACAACUUACUCCUGUUUGGAUUGUGGUCAAGCUUUUUCUAUAGGAACCUAUAAGAACCACAUAAAAUGUGUGACAGAGAAUAAGAAAUAUGGUGGAAAAAAUUAUGUUGAAAAAGAAAAUAAAGGUGAAGCAAAACAGAAUCGGUGGAUUGAACAAGUAGAACGAGCGAUAGAAAAUGUAACUGAUAAGGGAUUGAAAGAUCUUCUGCAACAGAUUCAUGGUUUCAACAAUAUACCAAGAAAAGAAGCGAAGUUCAUAAAUUUCUUACAAAAUUCUAUUAGAAUCCGGAACCGAGAUUUAUGUAUUAAGGCAUGGAACUGUAUAAGUGAACAAGCUGAAAAGAUACAACAAGCGGCUACUGAGAAAGGAGAACUGAGAAGAAAUGGUGAAGGUGGCGAUGAUCUGAAUGAUGAUAAAGGACUUAAUUGUAAACAGGGAGCUUCAAAAAGUAAUGGUGAGAAAGUGGAGGAAGUCGAAACUGAGAAAAGGGAAUUGAAGAAAAAUAGUGUGUAUGAACAUGAUAAUAAUAAUAAUGUCAAGCAGGGGACUCUGAUAACAGAUGAUGUGAAAAAAUUCAAGUGGAAACGCGCAAUUAAACGAGCUUUAAAAGAAGCAGAUAAUGGACAAAUGAAAAUAAAGCGAUUGAAGACUAAAGUUAUCCAAAGUUAUUUAGCAAGUGGUCAAUCUAAUGGAAGUGAUGAAAAUCCUGAAACGAUUUUUAAUGCGAAGUUAUGUUCCUUAGGUUUACGUAUUGAUAAUAAAAUAGUGCGAUUAAAUUAG